CAAAGAAGACAGAUAUGUUAAACCACGGAAGAAGCGAAAAGAUAGAAAAAAGUACCAUAUGUGUAUUCUGCCAACAAUCCAAGAGGUGUCGAAAGAGGAGGAAGAGGAAGGCGAAGAUGAAACUUUAGGAUUUGUACUAUCACCAUUGGAAGAUGAUAUUUCAUCGCAUCUACGAGCCAUUUCUCUCCCUUCAAAUGGCGACGUUGGGUUUAAAGAGGUUCACCUUUUGAUCGAUGCUGCAAAGCAACGUGCAACACAGGGCAACGAAGAGAAGGCAAUUGAAAUUUACAAGGAUGGUGUAAAUAUUUUAGAACAAGAAGUGAAAAGGAUUUUGAAACAAAUGGAAGAGUCUGUGACAAGUAAACCGAAAUUUGAAAAAACAGCGUUGUACAUUGUUUUGCAUGAGGAGUGGGCAGAAGCUGCUGGCCUGAUGGCAGAUAUCAGAACGAUGAUGUCCACUCUCUAUGAGCGACAGGAAGAAUACGACAAGGCCAUCUGUUGCUGUGAAGAAGCAAAAUCCAUUUAUGAACGCCAAGCAAUUUUUGAUGAGCGACAUCAUAAAAAGGGAUCCACUGCUCGUGAUAAAGAAGCAUCUAUGGAAAACAUGAUGGAAGCAAUUGAUGAAGCGAGGGAGACGCAAGGCAUUCGACAAUCAAUGCAUGAGACGGUAGAAAGAAUUCAAACAAAACUAGAGGCGACCAAAGACGAAACAAGCAGAGGCUUCCUCUACGAAGAUAUCUUUGACAAACUCUCGACAGUUCUUUCCCUCGAAUUGAUGUACCUCGGUGAAAUGCACCCUCAAAUUGCAAAUACCAAAGUCCUAUUGAGCAUGUAUUAUAUUGAAAUUGGACAAAACGAUAAAGCUUUGAGAACGAUGAACGAUGCUAUUCUGAUAUGUGAAAUCGGGCUAGGGGACUCGCACCCAAAAACCGGAACUAAAUAUCACGAAGCAGCAAAAUUGUACGAGCGCAUCGGAGGUGAAGAAAAUGUCCUCAAAUCCAUUGAUCUUUACGAAAAAGCAAUUGCUACUCUUGAGAAAGCCGAAGGAGAUCAUUCGGAAACGUUGGCUUCUAUUUUGAAUAGUGUCGGUGCAUUGUACAUCAAACAAACAAAAUAUGACGUAGCUGUCGAGAGGUUGAAGGAUGCCAUUCUUGUCAUCGCCAAGGAUAAUGGAGAUAAAUCUGACGACUUUUCGACUGAACAUGUACAGCUCUGGUUGAAUUUGGCAGAAUGCCAUAGUUUAAGAAAAGAAGCAUCUCUUUCCAUCAAUGCAUUAAGAAAUGCUGCGAGAGUACAGAGAGAUAAAAGAAAGAAAUACGAUGCGUUAGAGAAGGAUGUUGGAAAUUUACCGGAUCUAUUAACCAAUACUGGUAUUAGCUUGACGUUGAGAAGAUUGGGGACGAGCCUUGCUGCAGAAUUGAAGUUCGAUGAUGCUACUGAUUGCUUCUUGGAGGCUUUGUCUCUCGUUAAAGCUGAUUUGGAUACUGUAAAAGAGCUGGCCAAGUUCGAUCCAAACAUUGAUCUGCCAUUGCACCAAGAUGAGGUUGCAAGUGUUUUAUAUGACCUCGCGAAGGUAAAACAAGAAGAUGAUAAAUAUGACGAAGCAUUGAAAUUAUACAGAGAAUCCCUUCACCUUCGGAAAGAGAGUGACAGUGAUAAGGCAGUCGACAAACGAUCUAAUAGGGUUGCUUGUGCAAUGUGUCUUGCGGGCAUGGGUUCUAUCAAUCUCUUACAGAACAAACCAGACGAAGCUUUCAAGCGCUUCAACCAGGCUAUAUAUUACAUAAAACAGGAAGGAAUUCCUGAUUCGCACUCGAUAGCCCGAAUGCUUUGGCAGAAAUCUCACAUUGCAGCCAGUGACAUGAAACGAGUAAAAAUACAGAGCGAGAAAAGCACCAGCAACGAAAUCAAAUUGACAACGAUAACUCAACUAGAGGAGCAGGCAGAAGCAUUUAGAAAAGGAAGAGAUUAUGUAAAGUGUAUGAAAACUUUGGACACCGUGAUCGGCAUGAAAAGGGAUUGUUUGAAACGGGCUGAGGAAGAAAAGAAGAGAGUAGAAAAUGCGAGAUGUCAACUAGCGGUUUCUUUAAUUGCAAUGGGAGACACUAUGUUGAUCACAAAUGCAAAGAAGAAGUCUGCGGACUGUCUUACUGAAGCUUAUGGACUGUUAAAGAGUAGUGGCGUACCUGCAAACAACAAACAUUUUCGACGUAUUGAGAAGAUCAGGCGGAGUAUUCGAAAAAUGAAAGAGCGCAGCGAAACCAUGGCCGAAUUUUAGCUUAUGUUUCCCAUUUCAUCCCACUACCAUUUUCUUUUCAUAAACAAUGCGCUAACAU